AUGCCGAAUCAACCAACCCUCGUCUUCAUACACGGUUCAUGGCACACACCCACAUGCUACAACCCACUAAUCAAGCUCCUGGAACCAAAAUUGAGAUGUGUGGCGGUAUCUCUACCCUCAACAUCCGGAAAUCCAAAAGCGACCUUUAAAGACGAUCUCGACGCAGCUCGGACCGUCGUUUCCGCCGAGACAAGCAACGGCCGCGAUGUGGUUGUCAUUGCGCAUUCAUACGGCGGUAUAGUGGGCGGUAGCGUUAUCAAAGGCUUCGCAAAGUCAAAGGAAUCACCAGCCAGCGAUAACCAGUCGGGAUACGUCAUUGGUUUGAUCCUCAUAGCCUCCGGCUUUAACCUAACCGGGCUGUCCUUCAUGGAUCCAUUCUUCGGCCAUCCUCCACCUUCGUGGCGUGUGAAUAAUGAAACCGGCUACGCUGAACUCGUCACGUCGCCCCGCGAGUUAUUUUAUCACGAUUUACCGGACGACGAGGCGGAGUACUGGGUCUCUCAACUUACUACCCAGAGCCUGAAGGCGUUGUUUGAAGGAGGCGAGUUUACGUAUGCUGGGUGGCAGGAUGUACCGUCUUGGUAUAUUGGGACUGUGGAGGAUCACGGGUUACCGGUUCUUGCUCAGCGGUUGUCGGUUGGUAUGGCGAGGGAGAUGGGGGGUGUUGUGGAACAUCGUGAGUUGCAGACCAGUCAUUCGCCAUUUUUGAGUCAACCUGCUUUGACGGCGAGAAUAAUACUCGAGGCUGUUGCUGCGUUUACGGACUCAGGGCGUGAUGAUUCCUCGCCGGCCAUUGAUGGGGACGAGACUUCCAUAGUUGUCCCGCGCACGACCCUCUUCAAACCAUUGUCCUGGUUCAAAUUUGGAAUACCGAUGGCAUUUGGCCGCUUUAUGGGGAGAGGAUUUCUUUUGUUUGGAUGGGUGCGGAGGGUGUGGGCAGCUGGGCCGCGUUAG